CAAUCUGUUGUCAUUUCGGUUCCCUUCCCCUAUAUCCCUGACAAAUGCUCCCUUCUUUUGGUUAAUGCUUAAAAUUAGAUAGUCUUCACUGGAAUGACAAUACAUUAAACUUUCCAGUCAUUUCUGCCCUCAUAUAAAGGAAUAUUCUCAAGUCAGUUGUGAAGAUUGGAUUUAGCUAUCUCCUGACUGUAACAAUGAAGGUACUUAGCUCUUCCUUUAUAGUGAAGCUAGAAUUGUAAUCCACAAUCUUAUUUUUAGAUUUUAAUCUACAAAAAAAGUGAUAACUCAGCAUUUUAAGUACAUCUACCCAUUUUAACCACAAAAAAGGUGUUAAGUAACUACAAAAGGUGAACUUACCAAAAAAGGUGUUAAGUAACCCAAAAAGAUAUAAUCUAACCAAAGAAGGUGAGAACUAAAGAAUGGGCAGUCCUGGAGAGAAACGUCUGCUGUGGUUGGUAGAUGUGAAAUUUAGGGGAGGUGACACAAGAGAAAAAGAUUCUUUAAAAAGAGGACGAAAGGCCAGAAGAGGAGAUAUAUUUGAUUCGAGUUUUGAGUUGGAGAAGGGUCUCUGACUCAAGAUUUGGACUCAGGUCGGCCUCCCUGCUGAGGGAGGGAGGGAGGGAGGCGGUGGCUGAGGCUGUAGGUGGAGGCGGCUGUGGGCUAUGUGGGGCUUUGAAGGAGACUGAGCCCGUUUCCCUCCUCCCCCACACCGGACACGGUGCUGUGGACACAGGCUCGCCCUGGUUCCUCGCCCCCGGGGCUGAGGCAGAGACCCAGGCAGGCUGUCCUGCUUGGGCUCGGGCUCUGGCACCGGCGCUGGCCAGGCCCAACCGCUGGGAACGGAACGGAGCGGAGCUGAGGAGGCCGAGUCGUAGUGAAAAGAGAAAACUGAAGAACAGACUCUCAAGAUGAGCAAAAAGCCCCCAAAUCAUCCUGGAAUCACUUUUGAGAUUGGUGCUCGUUUGGAGGCACUGGACUACUUACAAAAAUGGUACCCAUCACGAAUUGAAAAAAUAGACUAUGAGGGUAAGAUGUUGGUCCAUUUUGAACGCUGGAGUCAUCAUUAUGAUGAGUGGAUUUACUGGGAUAGCAAUCAUUUGAGACCUUUGGAAAGACCAGCACUACGAAAAGAAGGACUGAAAGAUGAGGAGGAAUUCUUUGACUUUAAAGCUAGAGAAGAAGUUCUAGCAUGUUGGACAGACUGUCGAUAUUACCCCGCCAAGAUUGAAGCAAUUAACAAAGAAGGAACAUUUACAGUACAAUUCUAUGAUGGAGUUAUUCGAUGUUUAAAAAGAAUGCAUAUUAAAGCCAUGCCAGAGGAUGCCAAGGGGCAGGAUUGGAUAGCUUUAGUCAAAGCAGCUGCUGCUGCAGCAGCCAAGAACAAAACAGGGAGUAAGCCUCGAACCAGUGCAAACAGCAAUAAAGAUAAAGAUGAAAGAAAAUGGUUUAAAAUACCUUCAAAGAAGGAAGAAACAUCAACCUCUACAGCCAUACAAGAAAUUGAGAAAAAGGAAGAGCUCCCAACAUCUAGUGAAACAUUUGUAGGACUCCAUGUAGAGAAUGUUCCAAAGAUGAUCUUUCCACAGCCAGACAGCACAUUAUCACACAAGAGGAAAAGUAAUCAAGGCAACUCAUUUCAGGCAAAGAGAGCUCGUCUAAACAAGAUUACUGGUCUGUUGGCAUCCAAAGCUGUUGGGGUGGAUGGUGCUGAAAAAAAAGAAGACUGCUGCAGUGAAACGGCUCCAAUGCUGGAGCAGGAGAUUUCACCUAAACCUCAAGUCAGAAAAAAAAAUGAAGCUGACAUUAGCAGUUCUGCCAACACUCAGAAACCUGCACUGUUAUCCUCAACUUUGUCUUCAGGGAAGGCUCGCAGCAAGAAAUGCAAACAUGAAUCUGGAGAUUCUUCUGGGUGUAUAAAACCCCCUAAAUCGCCACUUUCCCCAGAGUUAAUACAAGUCGAGGAUUUGACGAUUGUAUCUCAGCUUCCUUCUUCAGUGAUUAAUAAAACUAGUCCAUCACAACCUGUGAAUCCCCCUAGACCUUCCAAACAUAGUGAGAGGAGAAGAAGAUCACAACAUUUAGCCACUUUGCCGUUGCCUGAUGAUUCGGUAGAAAAGGUUUCUUCUCCCUCUCCAAUCACUGAUGGAAAAGUGUUCUCCAUCAGUUCUCAAAAUCAAGAGCCAUCAGUACCUGAGGGAGUAUUGAAAACAGAAAAAAAAGUGAAAUUGGAAGAGAAAAGUUCAACGACAUUUGGUAAGAAGAAAGAAAAGGAUAAAGAGAGAAAGGAGAAAAGAGAUAAGGAUCAUUUCAGGCCAAAACAAAAGAAGAAGAAAAAGAAAAAAAAGAAAUCCAAACAGUAUGACUAUUCAGACUAUGAAGACAGUUCUCUAGAAUUUUUGGAAAGGUGCUCCUCUCCACUCACUCGGUCCUCUGGGAGUUCUCUGGCUCUGCGAAGCAUGUUCACGGAGAAAAAUACGUCAUAUCAAUAUCCAAGAGAUUUAUCUGUUUAUCUUAGUGGAGAAAACUUAUCAGAUGUUGAGUUCUUGGAUGACUCUUCAACUGAAAGUUUGCUUCUAAGUGGAGAUGAGUACAAUCAGGACUUUGAUUCGACCAAUUUUGAAGAGUCUCAAGAUGAAGAUGAUGCCCUUAAUGAAAUUGUCAGGUGUAUUUGUGAAAUGGAUGAGAAGAAUGGCUUUAUGAUUCAGUGUGAAGAGUGCCUGUGUUGGCAGCACAGCGUUUGUAUGGGGCUGCUGGAGGAUAGCAUUCCUGAGCAAUAUAUCUGUUAUAUUUGCAGGGAUCCACCAGGUCAGAGAUGGAGUGCAAAAUACCUUUAUGAUAAGGAAUGGUUGAACAAUGGGCGAAUGUGUGGAUUAUCAUUUUUAAAGGAAAAUUACUCUCACUUCAAUGCCAAAAAGAUAGUUUCAACACAUCAUCUACUUGCUGAUGUAUAUGGUGUGACAGAAGUGCUCCAUGGAUUACAACUAAAAAUUGGGAUUCUAAAGAAUAAGCAUCAUCCUGACCUUCAUCUCUGGGCCUGUUCAGGAAAGUGAAAAGACCAAGAUCAAAUGGCUGUUGGGGUAGAGAAAAAAAUGACAGUGCAAGACACUAUUAAUCUAGAAGAAAGAACAUGUUCUGCGCAGAAUCAUAAAGAGACUCCUAGCUUGCCCAGAAAAAUGGAAGGAACAUAUAUUACAAGUGAGCACAGCUACCAGAAACCACAAAAUUUUGGUCAGGAUUGUAAGUCAUCUGAUCCUGUGAGCUCUGAUGAUGAAGAUAUUAGUAGUUUUGAAGAGGAACAGGAAUUUCACACAGAAGAUAAAAACUUUUUACAAUUUUCCAUAAAAGAAGAUGGCAUGAGUGAACAUAAUUCAGCAGAAGGGAAUACAUUAUUCGUCUAUAAUGAAAAAAGAAAUACAGAAGAAAAAGGAGACUCUCAUCUUCAGUGGCAGCUCAACCUUCUCACACACAUAGAGAAUGUCCAAAAUGAAGUCACCAGCAGGAUGGAUCUGAUUGAAAAAGAAGUUGAUGUUCUGGAAAGCUGGCUUGAUUUCACAGGAGAGUUGGAACCACCAGAUCCUCUUACAAGAUUACCACAGCUUAAGCGCCACAUAAAACAGCUUCUGAUUGAUAUAGGGAAAGUACAGUAAAUUGCAACUCUUUGUUCUGUAUGACAAAAAGGAAGAAAUAAGAAAAAGAACAUGAUUGUGUACAGCAAACUAUAUUAUCUGCCAGUCUGACAAUGAAUAGCUGAAAGUAACUUAGUAACUUUUUACUAAGUUUUGUAACUAAAAUUUAUAUUAAUAUGAUGGAGCCUCAGAGAGAAAAAUAGUUACUAAUCCAGUCAAAAAGGUCAGUAUCUAAAAUUAUCAAAGUAUUUCCUGUGCGAAACCUGCAAAUGGUAAUUAUACAUCCUGAGGAUUGGUGAUAUGGAGUAUGAUCAAUACAAAGUAGAACUAGUCAACUGGAUCUUUCAGAAUUCAUUUACCUGAACCUCAAGAUACCCAUAAAAAUAAUAUUUUUCUAAAGUUUUAGUAGAAAGAUACAAAUUUACAAACUAACAUUUUACCCACAACAGAAUUCUAGAAAAAAAUCAGAAUUCUUGAAAGAGUUCUACUGGAUUGCUAAUAUGACACAGAUCUAAAAAGAACUGUGUCUAAUAUGUGAUUUAUUCAGCCACACAAAUGCUUUGGGUCUAUAAAUUCAUACAGGAUCAUGAACUGUUUUCCUGAGUGAUGAAUCACAAUCAGUUAAGACACAAGGUUUACUUCUGGGCAGGAUAUAGAGGGGCGGUGCUAGGGGAAUGUCAAGAAAUUGUGGAGUACUUAUUUUUCCAAAUGAUAUAUUUAAAAAAAAAACAAGAAUGGAAAUCCUCAUUGUAGUCAUUCUCUAAAAAAAAACAAACGUGAGAGGCCUAUAGUGGUAAAAUGUGCCAAAAAUGAUGAUACCACUGGAAUGAGAAUUUAAGACUUGGAAAUUUUGUUUCUCCAAAAUCUGACAGUGCUUGCAGUCUAUCCAAAAUGUUUCUGUAUUCACACACACACACACACACACACACACACACACACACACACGCCUAUGUUUAUGGAAACAUGCAGAUGUGUGCAUGUUUCAUUGUGUUCACAUGUGUAUAUGUGCGUAUGCAUAUGUACAUGCUUACAUACAUGCACUCACACCUAUUUCUGUUGCAGUAUUCAGGGUUCAAACUAUUUUGGUCCUGAGUCAGUGUGCUUGGUAUUAAUCCUUAGGAACAAACUGAAUGACCUCAGCUGGGAUGAGGAACAAUGAGAGCAUUAAACCAGUUUGUGGCUGCGGUUUACUAAACUGCUAGAUUAAAUAUGGGGCAACUUGGUUGUUGAAGGUUAUUUUUAUUUAAAAUCUUUUAAGUUUUGGUCAUGAAUGGACAAACUUCAGAAACCAAAGGCAACUUAGUUGUCAUUUAGCUCUUGCUGGAUUUUGAGCCUAGGUCUACUGUGUGCCAGUGCUCAUACACAUUGUUUGCUGCACCCAGUGCUACAUAUACAUGUAUGUGUACCCGUGUAUGCUUGUUUUUAAACAUACACUCACAUGCAUAUGUAUAUAACAUAUACAUAUUUAUAUCUACACAUGUCUAGUUUUAUUACCAUAGACUAUAAGAAUUGAUGGUUAACAUUAAAUGUUGCCUUUUAACAGAAAGUUUCUAAAAAUUAAAAAUGUACGUACAGGUUUUGAAAUUUGUAAAAAAAACUUUAAAAGACUGUUAAAGGGAGGCUGUUUAACUAAUGCUAUUAAGAUACUUGAACAUUUCAUGCCUCACUACUGUUUAUCAGUUCUAGUGAUCUGUAUAAAUGCAUUUUAGAACCGAUAGAUGGUCAACUUGAAUUUACCUUUGAAAAGAGUACACACCACUGUACAUUCAAAAUAUAUUUAAAUUUGCAAACACACUGUUCUAUAUGUAAGGUACUGUAUGUAAAACUCUUUAUUAAAAGUAUUCCACAUA